GAAUUAUGCGGAAGAGCCCAAGAUCUCGCUCGAAAACUGACUUAUGGGCUUUCUCAGCGAGUCAGAACAAUGACUGUACAGCACAGACAGAGUGUGUGAUGCUGAUAAUCUAAAUUGUGCGGGGAGUGGCACACUGUCUGGGACGACGUGACAGAAAAAAAAAGAGAUCUUGCCAGUGCAGGGUUGAACCGUUUUCCACGCCACCGUUUUCGCCUCCUGCUCCCUCAUGGCGUAUGCAAAAUUCUGGGAAAUUACUUACGGAAAAGGCACCUCUUGCGACCAUGAAGUCCAACAUGGUAGCAGGUCUUCAGCCUACUCUUCUACUAGAUGGUCCUACAAUGACAAGUCGCAGCCUAGCCAGGCAACACCCAAACCGGCAGCUCAGGUCUCUACUGGGAAACCUGCAGAAUUUGAGAAGGCAUCAUCAGGAUCUGCCAUGGCUACAAAGCCUGGGGUGGUUACCACAGCAACAGGCGGAGCCACAGGAAGUGGGGUCACAACAGGAGGAAGUGCUGCAGUUGGAACAGCCAAAGCCAAACCAGAGACUAACACUACGCUGGUCGGUGCUACUGUUAUUGACAUGACAUCAGCAGGGGCGAGUGGAGGUCCUAGAGAGAUGUUAAAGACCGCACCUGCCUCCCAAGUCAAAAGCACAGCAGCAGUUUCUUCUGCCGCUGGAGCAGCUGCCACCGCCGCCGGCACGGCAGCGACCACCGCUGUGGGCAAAGCUAAAGAGUCACCCAAAGGCACCACUAAGGUGCAGGUGGAGGUUCCUGCCGCAACAGUCACAGGUGUCAAAGAGACACUGAAGUCAGUUGCUCCUGAGAAACCUGCUGCUGGAAAGGCCACUGACGUGAAGCCCAAGACCAGUCAGGGUGGCUCCAUGUCUCUGGAUGCUCUCAGUAGUCUUGGUGAUCUGCUGCCAACAGAUGCACCAAAACCCAAAGCCCCUGAAGAGGGCAAACACAAGAAGGAGGAGGGUGUGCUUGUAGGAGAGAGGGACGACACACUUCCUCCAGACUACAGGUUUAAUAGGGAAGCGCUGGAAAAGCUGCCUGCUCCAAAACCUGAGCCCACCAUCGGUACCGGAGAGGCUCUGGACUUUCUGUCUGACGCCUUGACGACCCCCUUAGCAACUUCUGUUGUCGAUGCUCCUGUUGUUCUCCCAACAAUUCCUCCUUGUGAGGUCACAGUAGAAGACGUGUCAGCGAUGAGUGUGCCUUCUGGCAAUGUUAUAUCUUCAUCUACAGCUUCUGGAGUUCACGCUCCUGCUCCUCCUUCAACACGGAGGACACCAGCGAAACCUGAUGCUGCCCCUGUAAAACCAAAAGACACAAAACCCAAGACUGACAAGGUAGCGGUUCCAAAAUACCUUAUCUUUAUGGCCUCUCUAGACACCGCUCUGGACGCCUUGGCAGGAGACUUCAUCCCGUCCACUGCUGCCUCAGCAGUGAGUUCUGCACCUUGUGAACCUGACCUUCAGCUGCCAGCAGCAGCAGACAACGCCCUGGACGCUCUGUCGGACACCUUGGCGGAUAUCAAACCUGCCCCUCAACCCGUCCCAGUUCUUACCAAGGACGUUGUCAAGGAGAAAAAAAUUCUUGAAGAGAGACUGAUUAAGAUGGGGGAGAGAGAUGACACACUGCCACCAGAGUUUCGACCCACUGAGGAAGACCUCAAGAAAAUGGAAGAAGAAAAAGCAAAAGCGGCAGCAAAACCCAAAGAGAAGGGGAUGGAUGACACAACAGCCUUGGACCUCCUGUCCAGUGAUUUCUCUGAUACUCCCAAACCUGCUGCACCUGCUGUCACAUCAUCUGCAGCCACAGCAAAGCUGCAGCCUCCCGUGCUGGACUCAGAGCCCCUGAAGCCGAUGGCUGGUCCUGUGUUGGACUCCCUGGCUGACACGCUUCUCCCAGACAAAUCCAAAACAGACAAAGCGAAGGGCAAGAGCAAGUCAAAGUCAAAGUCUAAAAAACACCAUGCAGAAGAUCCAUCUGCCCCUGACCAGCUAUCGGCUCAGCAGAGCUCAGAUGUUGUGCCGGCAUCUACAAAGAAGGGAGGCAAGAGAUAGGUCGCCUGGUUGUUGGUGUCGUUUGUCCUCCGGGCCACAGGGACGCACCAGUGAGGGAGCUGCUCACUGGAUUAUUAUUCUAUUUUUCUAAAUCGUCAAGAAUGUAUACUGGAUGAAAGACAAACCGAGACAUACUCAUGCCACUUGCUCUACACACACACACAAACACACACACACACACACGUACGUACAUACAUAUCUGCGUGCACCACCUUUUUUUUUUGCUGGGUUUCACAUUCAAAGGCGAGAAACUUUGUCGUUUCUGUCUCGGGAGAAAAUGAAAAUAAAGAGUUUUUAAAACCAGAUGGGUUUUAAAAAAAGAGAAAAAGUGCUGAACAGACAAAGAAAGAAAAGAAGGGAAACUGCAGGGAAACAGAAGAGUUUGAGACACGCAAACCCCCCAAAUAACAUGUUUUUUGGCGCUGAGAGUCGUUUGUGUACAUCUCAGCUGACAAUUUCCACUUUUCCAAAGAUACACUAAUAUCGCAACACACCGGCCGUCUCAGCCUGGUGCUGCUGUGAUGUUGGUCGGAGCAGUGGCGACUGUCAGCUCGCGUGGGAGAAGGACGGAGGACGUGUAUAGUAUCGGGAUGUGUGUGCAAUCUUUGAUGUACACAGAGAAGCCAGGUUUUCUAUCACGACGUGUUCAGAUGCCAUUAAGACACUAGUGUACAGCUCAGUUUGCUUCUAUUUUGGACAAUACAUAGUUUACAUUAUUAAAUAUGUGGAGGAUUUCUUGGAGGUGUUCUGCCUAAUUCUGUUUUUUGUUUUUUCGCAAAUGCCUUUUUCUUUCCGUAGAAUGAUAUCUGUCAGAAGUAUGUAUUUUGGCCUUGUAGAAAAAAAAACUGGCGUUCAGAGGUGCACCUAGUGAACCGAGGUGGUUACAAGCUUUGUAGCUGCCAUUAUUUGUAUACUGUAAAAAAAAAAAAAAAAAAAAAAAAACACACUUUUGCUCUAUAUAAGACAACACUGUAUAACUUACAAAGGGCUUUCAAGUCACUUUAAAUACCCCAAGUUUCUGUGUGGGUGUGAAAAUAUAUGAAUAGAUGUGGGAAUACUAAGUGCAUUUUUUUUUAAAUCUAAAAUUGAGAACCAUCUCGUCUGGUUCUAUGAUAUGUGCCUAAAGAGAGAAACUAACAUGAAGUGCCUUAAUAUGUGGAAAAAUAUGGUAGGGAAAAAAAAAAAAAAAGGCCAAACACUGUCUUCUUAAAGGUGCGAGGGAACCGUGUAUGUGUGUAUUAAAGUGAGUGGGAACUGAAUCUCCUCUGAAAGUAUUCUUCUCUGCUCCUGACUUGUGGUUUUUCACUCUGCAUACAGCUGUAGCAGCCCACUUCCUUUCGACUCAAGAAGGGGGGCUUAAAACUAAACGUCGUUCGCUCAAAUAUUAUACUUUUGUGCCGAGACCUUGAGUGACUGAUGGGAAUGCAAAUGAAUGGGUUUGAUGUGUGGAAAAAAAAUAAAAAAGUAUGAACUAAUAAAGACGAAUACAGUUCAAUGCAGCCUGAA